AUGGCGAGGGUUGCAGCAACUAGCGCACUUCUAGCAAAAAAGAAGGGAAGGGGAGGCGGGAACAACGAAGGGGCGAAGCCGCGGGAACGGAAGGAAAAGGACGAUGUCAUAGAGCCCGAUAGUAUUUUCACAUCACAUGCGGAGAAAGAUUGUUCAGCGAAGGCUUGUCGGAUGCUGGUGUUGCUUUCGCAAAAGGUGGAAGGUGUGGUAAAGGAGGGGCUGCCCAGCGCGAUGUUUCGUGUCGAAGUCGGGGCAACGGGAAAGGUGGUCUUGUGCACCAUUAGCGGGAGGAUACGCAAAAACUUCGUCCGGAUUUUGGUUGGAGACCCGGUGAGGGUGGAGCUAUCUCCGUACGAUCUCACACGCGGCAGGAUCACGUUCCGCUACAAGAAAUAACAAUUUGGCAACGAUCGUUGCGCCUCCCCGUUUCGAGCAAACAACACACAAGAUGGCUGCCAAGAGUGCAAGCUUGGUGAAUCUUUUCAAAGCCUGGGGCAGACUUCUUGAAGCGCGUCGUUGGUGUUCCGGGUUAGAGAGGUUUUCAUCAACAACAGAGGAUGUUCCUUGUUUGGUUUGGUUUAGACAGUGUCAGGAAUGACUCGAUUAGCCGGCACGGACAGUAAACUCUCAAGUAGAGCUCCUUGUUUCACCACUCGAUUUAACUGCUGUCACUCGAUGCACAGCGAUGUACGGGGGCACAAUUUCUGUAGUGUAGUUGCGAGUGCUCGUGUGUAGUGUAGCACCCGCACUGUUUCUUUUUUGCAUCGCCUGCAGAAUAUAGACGCCCAGUGCUUGUGUGAUUGUGGCAUGUACGCUAUCAUCCAUCGUUUGCAAGCCCGG